UAGUUCCGUCCUCUCAUCACGAGAGAGAAAGAGUUGUUACAAACAAAUAUUAUAAUUGAUCUGGUGAAUUACCACAAACAGUUUACUUUAUUUUGUGUUUUAUGUAAACUAUUUUACGCUAACCUAGACCUUGGAUAAGUUAAUAUCAUAAAUUAUCUACAAGUAAUAUCAAUAUUUCUGAAAUGAUAAAAAGAUAAAACAAUUGCUUACAAUUAAAUACAAUGUUUCUUCACGCUACCACUGUAAUCUUAUAAAUUGUAUUUGAACAUAAAUUAAUAAAUUAAGUGUUAAAAAAUGAAGAACGAAGCAGAAGUGUCAUCUUUACACGUGCAUAGUCAUAAUUUAAUAGAAUCAUCAACAAAUCCUCAUGUGAUAAAUUCGCGAAGUCAAUCAAGUGUUAUCUCAAAUUUAUCUCAAAGUGAAAGUAUACUAGUAUCAAAUUUAACAACAGAGCCGGUAAGAAAAUCUGGUGCACGUAGACAAGAAAAACCUCCUUAUUCUUACAUAGCCUUAAUAGUGAUGGCAAUCCAAUCCAGUCCAGAUAAGCGAUUGACUUUAUCUGAAAUAUACACUUUCCUUCAACAGCGAUUUCCUUUUUUCCGUGGAACAUAUCAAGGUUGGAAAAAUUCAGUGCGACACAAUUUGAGCCUCAACGAGUGUUUCGUUAAGUUACCAAAGGGACUGGGAAGACCAGGUAAAGGACAUUAUUGGACAAUCGAUCCAGCAAGCGAGUACAUGUUCGAGGAAGGAAGUUUUCGUCGUAGACCAAGAGGUUUCAGAAGAAAAUGUCAAGCAUUAAAACCUCAAUACAGUCAGUAUUUUUCGGGAACUGGCGGAGUUGGUGUUGGAACAAAUAUCCAGCCUCCUGGUUACGACAAUUUGACCGGGACAAUAGAAUAUUCAAAUGGUUAUCCAAACCAAUAUCAAAAUUAUCAAGAAUAUGCAAUGUACGGGCCGUCUUCUGGAUCGGUUACGGAUUGGACGUAUCCAGAAUAUAAAUCAGCUCCACCAAUAGCAGAGGUGACCUAUAAAACGACCGAAGUUACUUAUAAAACUGGAGAUAGUUCUCUGUAUCGAAACGGAGAGAUUGCAUUGAAGAAUGAACCUUAUUCGAGAAAUCAAGAUCCAAUUAUAACUUAUAGACCUAAUGAAAUAUCUUUUCAACAUAAAGAUCAUCCUCAACAUCAGCAAAACCAAGAUAUCACUUACAAAACAGAAAAUGAACACCAAAGUUUAGUUAGUUGCAAUUACAAAACUGUUGAAAAUACUACUAUUCAUCAACAGUCACAAUGUAUACCAUCUGAAGAUUAUCACAUCGGUUAUGGAUUCACCGGAAAUCCAGGCAAUAUUGCUACACUACGAGGCCUUCAAGGACAAUCGAAUUCUUUAAGUUCUAUUGGAAAUAUCAGUAAUUCACAUGGGGAGUCUCAAAAUUCUGUAGCCGAACAUGGUUUAAAGGUUCAAUGUUCCAAUGCCAGUUCUGGUGGAUCUCUAAUGGAAAGAAAACCUUACAUCGGUCAGACAUCAAGCUCACUAACAUUAAAUAGUCUCAAUUCAUUAAGUUCAUUAUCUUUAAGUAAUCUCAGUGGUCUGAGCAUACCUGGUACUGUGCCAUCAAAUGUUCACAGCACUACAUUACCCAACGCAAGUUUGUACUAUGAUCAAAUAAAAUAUUCAAUGUAGAAGUAAGA